CGCCCCAGCCCCGGAGGGAGCUCAUGGGAGUAUGAAGGAGAUGGUAGGAGGCUGCUGCGUAUGUUCGGACGAGAGGGGCUGGGCCGAGAAUCCGCUGGUCUACUGUGAUGGGCACGCGUGCAGCGUGGCUGUCCACCAAGCUUGCUAUGGCAUCGUCCAGGUGCCAACAGGACCCUGGUUUUGCCGGAAAUGUGAAUCUCAGGAGCGAGCAGCCAGGGUGAGGUGUGAGCUGUGCCCACACAAAGACGGGGCUUUGAAGAGGACUGACAAUGGAGGUUGGGCCCACGUGGUGUGUGCCCUCUACAUCCCUGAGGUGCAGUUUGCCAACGUGCUCACCAUGGAGCCCAUCGUGCUGCAGUAUGUGCCUCAUGAUCGCUUCAACAAGACAUGUUACAUCUGCGAGGAGCAGGGCCGGGAGAGCAAGGCAGCUUCGGGAGCCUGCAUGACCUGUAACCGCCAUGGAUGUCGACAAGCUUUCCAUGUCACCUGUGCCCAAAUGGCAGGCCUGCUGUGUGAAGAAGAAGUGCUGGAGGUUGACAAUGUCAAGUACUGCGGCUACUGCAAAUACCACUUCAGCAAGAUGAAGACUUCCCGGCACACCAGUGGGGGAGGUGGAGGAGCAGGAGGAGGAGGCAGCAGCACAGGGGGAGGUGGCAGUGGCUUCAUCACUGGCCGGAGAAGCCGGUCAGCCUCACCAUCCACCCAGCAGGAGAAGCACCCUUCCCACCAUGAGAGGGGACAGAAGAAGAGUCGAAAAGACAAGGAACGCCUUAAACAGAAGCACAAGAAGCGGCCUGAGUCACCCCCCAGCAUCCUCACCCCACCCGUGGUCCCCACUGCUGACAAGGUCUCCUCCUCAGCUUCCUCCUCCUCCCACCAUGAGGCCAGCACUCAGGAGACCUCUGAGAGCAGCAGGGACUCAAAGGGGAAAAAGUCUUCCAGCCAUAGCCUGAGUCACAAGGGAAAGAAGCUGAGCAGUGGGAAAGGUGUGAGCAGUUUCACCUCCGCCUCUUCCUCCUCUUCCUCCUCUUCUUCUUCCUCCUCUGGGGGGCCCUUCCAGCCUGCAGUUUCGUCCCUGCAGAGCUCCCCUGACUUCUCUGCCUUCCCCAAGCUGGAACAGCCAGAGGAGGACAAGUACUCCAAGCCCACAGCCCCCACCCCUUCAGCUCCCCCGUCUCCCUCAGUCCCUGAGCCCCCCAAGGCUGACCUCUUUGAGCAGAAGGUGGUCUUCUCUGGCUUUGGGCCCAUCAUGCGCUUCUCUACCACCACCUCCAGCUCAGGCCGGGCCCGGGCCCCAUCCCCUGGGGACUAUAAAUCUCCCCACCUCUCGGGGUCCGGGACCUCAGCAGGCACCCACAAGCGGAUGCCCACACUGAGUGCUGCCCCUGCACCUGCUGAAGAGACCCCUGAGACAGGCCUGAAGGAGAAGAAGCACAAAGCCAGCAAGAGGAGCCGACAUGGGCCAGGCCGUCCCAAGGGCAGCCGGAAUGAGGAGGGUGCUGGGGCUCCAGCUGCUCCCUCCUUGCCUGGUGCCCAGCUGGCUGGCUUUACUGCCACUGCUGCCUCACCCUUCUCAGGAGGUUCCCUGGUCAGCUCCGGCCUGGGUGGUCUGGCCUCCCGCACCUUUGGGCCUUCAGGGAGCCUGCCCAGCCUGAGCCUGGAGUCCCCCCUGCUAGGGGCAGGCAUCUACACCAGUAAUAAGGACCCCAUCUCCCAUGGUGGUGGAAUGUUGAGGGCUGUCUGCAGCACCCCCCUUUCUUCCAGCCUGCUGGGGCCCCCUGGGACCUCUGCCUUGCCCCGUCUCAGCCGCUCCCCAUUCACCAGCACCCUCCCCUCCUCUUCUGCUUCUAUCUCCACCACUCAGGUGUUUUCUCUGGCUGGCUCUACAUUUAGCCUCCCUUCUACUCACAUCUUUGGAACCCCCAUGGGUGUUGUUAACCCCCUCCUUACCCAAGCUGAGAGCAGCCACACAGAGCCAGAUCUGGAGGACUGCAGCUUCCGGUGUCGGGGGACCUCCCCCCAGGAGAGUCUGUCUUCCAUGUCCCCCAUCAGCAGCCUCCCUGCCCUUUUCGACCAGACAGCGUCCGCACCCUGUGGGGGAGGCCAGUUAGACCCAGCGGCCCCCGGAACGACUAACAUGGAGCAGCUGCUGGAAAAGCAGGGCGAUGGCGAGGCGGGCGUCAACAUCGUGGAGAUGCUGAAGGCGCUGCACGCGCUGCAAAAGGAAAACCAGCGGCUUCAGGAGCAGAUCCUGAGCCUGACAGCCAAGAAGGAGCGGCUGCAGAUUCUCAAUGUGCAGCUCUCUGUGCCCUUCCCUGCGCUGCCUGCCGUCCUGCCUGCCGCCAAUGGCCCUGUCCCUGGGCCCUACGGCCUGCCUCCCCAAGCCGGCAGCAGUGAUUCCUUGAGCACCAGCAAGAGCCCUCCCGGGAAGAACAGCCUCGGCCUGGACAACUCUCUGUCCACGUCCUCAGAGGACCCACACUCAGGCUGCCCCAGCCGCAGCAGCUCGUCGCUGUCCUUCCACAGCACGCCCCCACCGCUGCCCUUGCUCCAGCAGAGCCCUGCUACCCUGCCCCUGGCCCUGCCUGGGGCCCCUGCCUCACUCCCGCCCCAGCCACAGAAUGGGCUGGGCCGGGCAUCUGGGACAGCGGGGCUGGGGGCUAUGCCCAUGGCUGAGGGGCUGUUGGGGGGGCUGGCGGGAAGUGGGGCUCUGCCUCUCAAUGGCCUCCUGGGGGGGUUGAAUGGGGCUGCUGCCCCCAACCCUGCAGGCUUGAGCCAGGCUGGUGGGGCCCCCACGCUGCAGCUGCCAGGUUGUCUCAACAGCCUAACCGAGCAGCAGAGACACCUCCUGCAGCAACAAGAGCAGCAGCUCCAACAGCUCCAGCAGCUCCUCGCCUCCCCACAGCUGACCCCGGAACACCAGACUGUUGUCUACCAGAUGAUCCAGCAGAUCCAACAGAAGCGGGAGCUGCAGCGGCUACAGAUGGCUGGGGGCUCCCAGCUGCCCAUGGCCAGCCUGCUGGCAGGAAGCUCCACCCCGCUGCUGUCCACAGGCACUCCUGGCCUGCUGCCCACAGCAUCUGCCCCACCCCUGCUGCCUGCUGGAGCCCUGGUGGCUCCCGCCCUCAGCAACAACACAAGUCUCAUGGCUGCAGCAGCUGCGGCCGCAGCAGUAGCAGCAGCAGGCGGCCCUCCAGUCCUGACUGCUCAGACCAACCCCUUCCUCAGCCUGUCCGGGGCAGACAGCAGUGGCAGUGGCCCCAAAGGAGGGACCGCUGACAAAGGAGCCUCAGCCAACCAGGAAAAAGGCUAAAUCCACCCAUACCCCUCCUGAUCCUCAGUGAAGGGGCAAUCCUGGCUUGAGGGGGUUCCAGCCUGGAGCAGGCACUCGUGCCCAGACCCUGGAGAAUCCCAUCCCAGAGCGCGUGCUGAGACCUGGGGAGUGUGGGGCGCACCUGCUGCGGAGGACUGGGACUGAGAGGGGAGCUCCUUCUGUCUGCCCCUUUCCCUCCUGCACAGACCCUUUGUGAGGGGCUCAGAGGGAGGACAGGCUCCAAGCCGACCUGGGAGCCCCUACUCUCAGCUAAUGAUUUGAGGUCCUCCAGAGAGCAAAGUGGGCUAUGGCAUAAGUGGGGGUUGGUUGGACCCGCCACAUAAAAUGGAUCAGCACUUGAGUGGGGAGAAGUGGGGGACAGGCCCUGGGCCUGCUCUUGAGUAGAAAUCUAUUAGGGAGGAAGGGGUGGUCCUACUGUACCUGCAGUUUCUUCCCAACUUGGGCAGAUGGCAGGAGGGAUCCCUUGGACUGUUGUUUCUCACCAGUCCCCUUCCCCUGCCCCUCAACAAGGAUCACAAGCUGAGCUUGUAAAAACCCACAAACUAGGAGGCUGAGGAAGGGUCAGGAUGGCCUAAAACUCAGCCCAGGCUUCUCCACCUCUGUGGGGAACCCAGAGAUGGGUUGGGGUUGGGUAGGGGGGAGGCCCAGCCCCCUGGGAGCCCUGCCCCUUUUUGCACUAUUGGAUUUAGGAGUGCCGAGGGUGGGGAGAUGGAGCUAGCUGCCUGACUCAGAGAGCGUGUGUGCGUGUACAUGUGUGUAUGUCUGUCUCCCCCUCGACGGGGCAGCCGAGGGCAGGGAUAGGAGCAGUGCUCAGAAGGGGAGCUCCCAGCUCUUAUUUGCACCCUCCCAUCACCAACUUUGGUCCCUUUCUGGGGCAUGAAUGGUUAACAAAAACCAGAACAGUACUCCAAUAUUGGAGAGUAACUGGGGGCUGAGGGCUUUGAAUCAGGGUAAUAUCCUGCCUUCCCUUCCCCAGACCCCAUAUGGUGUGCUCCUCAGAGCUCCCCUUCCCUCACCCUAUAGUUGGUCCUGCUUCCCAGGCACAAGGGGAGCCCCAGGGAUUGGGGGACAGGGCAAGGGAGGGUAAAGUGCCACUUCCUUUAGUGAAGAUCUCCCUCCCAGAGUUAGCCAGCCCACUUCCUGCACCCUACCCCCACCCCAUCAACCAGGGGAGACUUAAGCUUAAACUGACUUAACAACUGUCCCUUCACCCACCAGCUAUUUCCACCGGGGUACAGUGGGCAAUGCUUAGAUUCUCACCUUGAAGAGUCCCCACCUGCCCAGAGCCUUUGGUGGCAAAGGCCUAGGGGCCAGUGGGACAGCCAGGAGAGGGGCAGAGAUGAAGCCUGUGUCUGUUUCAGUUGCACUGGGGUUGGAGCCAGGAGAAGGCACUUCCAGCUUUCCCUGACGCUCAUGUCUUGUCCGUCUCUUUGCAUGUGUGGAUUUUUGUGUGUGUGUGUGUGUGUGUUUCUGUUUGGGUUUUUGUUGU